AUGCACUCUACUGCAAAAUUAGAAGCCACCACCUCAACCCUCACAUUCACUUUUAUUUUUAUUCUCAUUUUCAUUCUUACAUUCACCCACUUUCACUUCACUUUCACUUUCACAUUCUCUCAUUCCGCAACCGCUUGCGAUACUUCACUCUCCCAAUUCCGACUCGCUUGUCCACCUAAGGUACUCCUCUACACAAGCGGCGCGAAAAACCACCUUAACUAUCCAGCCACCGGAAGCUUCCUCCUACCCACUCCAAAAAGCAGCAGCUGCAGUUUCCGUUUCUCCUCUCCUUGCAGGUUUUCUCUUCUCAGUCACUCUGCACGCAGCUGUCUCAUACCGAUGUCCUCUGUUUUGCAAAAACGCCGUGGAGCCAAGACUGCUCCACUAGCAUCGGCCGACGAAAACGACCUUGAAAACCACAAAGUGGGCGUCGACACACGCGAUAUCGUGAACCAUCGUGAAUUGAAAGUUCCAUUUCUCACGCUUAUGGAGGAGGUGUUGUUGAUGGGCUUGAAAGACAAGGAGGGCUACCUUUCGUUCUGGAACGACAACAUUUCGUACGCGCUCCGUGGAUGCAUUUUGUUGGAGUUGGCGUUCCGCGGCAAGAUCGCUCUUGUCAACGACCCGGCCCGUCGGCGGUUCGAGUUGAGCGACCGUUUGGUCGAGGUGGUGGACACAGAGCCUACUGGCGAAGUUUUGUUAGACGAGUCGCUUCGUAUCAUGAAAAACGACGAGGGCCACUUGUCUGUGGGCAAUUGGAUCGACUUGUUGUCGGGCGAGACGUGGAACUUAAUGAAAAUCAACUAUCAGUUGAAACAGGUGCGCGAGCGUUUGGCGAAAGGCUUGGUCGACAAGGGUAUUUUGCGUACUGAACGCAAAAACUUCUUUUUGUUUGACAUGGCCACCCACCCUGUUGCCGAUAAGAUGGCCAAGGAGCACAUCAAGAACAGAGUCUUGAACUUGUUGACCCAGAAAACCGUUGACUUUGACUCUUUGAGCAAUGACCAAUUCCCCGCAGACACUUCAUUCCGUUGCUUGCGCCUGAUUUCUUUGGUGUGCGGUGCUUACGCUGCCAAUGUGUUGGAAAAUGCUUUGAUGUCGUUGAACUAUGACAAACGUGACCUGGCUUUCUCGCGGGCAGAUGAAUUGUUGAAUGAUUACAGUGAGUAUCCUUUUGGCACUAAAGGUCUGCUGAGUCCUUUGGGCUUGGGUAUUAACUUGGCCCAGGAGGUCGCCAAAGAAGUGGAGCAGGCUAAUGAUUUACAAUUGGAGCUUGUGGCCGCAAUCUUGAGUGUUUUUUCCCGCAUGGACUCCAUCUUGUGA